UAGGCGGCGGCGGCUGGCGUGGGGCUGCUUAGAUGCGCCACGGCUUUGGUAGCGGCGGUGUCUCCUACCCGUCCUCAGCUGUGCUAGCGCUUCCCCCGCAGACAGUUGUGGUGAGCCUGCCGGUUCUCCACGGUGAGAAACUCGAGGGCUCCGUUGGGGGUGGGGUGCCUCGCUACCUGGUUUCGCCCCCGCCGGACUCAGCUCUCGGCCCAGUCUGCGCUUUCUGAGAAGUGGGGCGGGGGGCGCCGUUCCCGGUUCCGCGGGCCGGGGGUGGAGAGCUGACGCCUUUGGAGGCGCGGCCCGCAUUCUAGCUGCUCACCCCCUCGCCCCGGGCCUUGCCCCCUAGGUGACCAUGUGUGACAGAAAGGCCGUGAUAAAAAAUGCAGACAUGUCGGAAGAGAUGCAACAGGACUCGGUGGAGUGCGCUACUCAGGCGCUGGAGAAAUACAACAUAGAAAAGGACAUUGCGGCUCAUAUCAAGAAGGAGUUUGACAAGAAGUAUAAUCCCACCUGGCAUUGCAUCGUGGGGAGGAACUUCGGUAGUUAUGUGACACAUGAAACCAAACACUUCAUCUACUUCUACCUGGGCCAAGUGGCCAUUCUUCUGUUCAAAUCUGGUUAAAAGCAUGGACUGUGCCACACACCCAUUGAUCCAUCCAAAAACAAGGACUGCAGCCUAAAUUCCAAAUACCAGAGACUGAAAUUUUCAGCCUUGCUAAGGAAACCCUCGAUCUUUGAACCUUUAUUGUGUUUUGUACAGGGCAUUCUCUGUACUAGUUUGUUGUGGUUCUAAAACAAUUAGCAGAACUGCUUACAUUUGUAUUUAUUUUCUAUUCCAUACUUCUGCCCAUUUUUUCCUCUCAAAAUCCAUUCCUUUAAAAAAUAAAUCUGUUGCAGAUGUGUA